AUGCCCCUAACAAACGGGGUCCUCCAUCCUCCAUCAGAUGAGUCUGCAACACCCUCGACACCUGGAAAACGAAAGCGUGCCUCGACCCCAGAAGCAAACCCCACGCAAGAGAAGAAAUCUACAGUGAAAACUAGUGAAGAGGAGAAGGUAGAGCUAAACAGGAGUUUGCGCUACAUUAUACAGAUUGCUGCUCAGGAUGAUGAGCAUCUUUCCGCUUUCCGUUCGUCCCUAACACCAUCGUCGCCUUCAAAACCUCGCUCCAAACGACCAAAGCUCUCGGAUGAUGAUAACAAUUUGGAUACCAUCGAAGCCCGCGUCGCUGCAGAACAAUAUUUGUCAUAUCAAGGUUUUUUGAAUGACGUGGACCAGGCAUGCGCAGCUAUUGUCGAAAGACAGACUGCGGUUGACAAUGGAGAUGUUUCAUCAGUGCAGACGAGGGUUGCGGCUCUUAAGGAUCGCUUAAACGACCUCAUCCAUCUAGCUCUGUCUCAAGGUUCUGCCCAGGUCAAGAUUGAACCUGCUACCGACGAAUCGCCUCGAGAUAUUACACGCCACGACAGGAAAACUCUGACCCUUUAUGGGGGAACCUCCUCCAAUGCCAAACAACUCUUUUCUAGCUUACAGAAGUUAAAUGACCCCAAAUCUGCCUCCGAUAAGCCUGUGACUUUCCCUGAGGACAGAUUGCCGAAUGGCAUUACAACUACCCGAGCCAUUCCAUUCAAUUUAGAAAUGGACGAAAAACCGGUCAAGACAUUUGGUGAAGUAUUUGCGCCGCGCUCCACACUUGCUCAGCUAGAGCCUCCACAUCGGGGCCGAGCCUGGGCGAGGGAUCCGUCGAGUACCUGGGUUGACCCAUUUGACGCCAUCACAAAUUAUGAUGCAAUUUUAGGACAAAAACAUCAUCAUUCAUUCGCCAAACUUCCAUCUGGCUGCUGGCUGCAUUACGGUGGAGAUAGUGUAUCUCACUCGUAUUGGAGUCGACGAGAGAAAGAGCAGAAUCUCCUUGGGAGUGAAGGGGAAAGCAGCAUUCAGAAUGCUCGAAAUAUCAUCGACGAUACAGCCCUCCUAUACGGCGCUUAUUCCUCAUUUGCUCCUUCAUUCGACAGUUCACAUGCCGUUAUACAGUCAGAUGCUAAGAACAGCAUGUGGUGGGCGAAGAGGGGCUCUAUACGAUUUAAUACGAUGUUAGCACUUCACAAAGCAACUCGACUAGACAAGGAUCAGACACUUCCUGAACUCGACGAAACUACUCUAGAAGAGGACGUCAAGUCAUUCCUUGAAAAAGGUUCCCUUGAGGCCAAACCGGAAGAGACAGACGAGGCAGUUUUGGAAGACAAGGAUGUUGAUGCAGUACUUCAAGACAUCUCUGAGCUGUUGCAAACUUUGAACUCUUUCCGUCGAAAUCGCAAUCUGGAAUUACCAUCGCAAGGUGAAUCGAAAACUGAUGAAAAGGCCGGAACACCAAGUUCCCCAUCUGCGGCAGAACUUGCAACGUACGAAACUCUGAAGUCGGGAUUAGCGGCCAUCAUCUCGAACCUUCCUCCCUAUGCUGUUGCAAAAUUGAAUGGAGACCAGUUAGCUGAGCUUAAUAUCAGUCAGAAGAUCCUGGUGGAGAUGCCGACCUACAACGGAACCAUGGAGGAGGAUGACUAUUCGCUCUUACAGAGACGACUCGCCGCAACUGCCCCUGCUGCAACGCCCUCGCGAACAGGGUCCUAUCAAGCCACUCCUGGAUACAAUCAACAACGCAUGUACUCCACAAAUGCCCGGCAUCAGCAACCAGCUACUGGCCCACAGAGCUACUACCAGGGCCGCCCAUCGUCGUCUACGCCUUACACUCCCGGAGCUAGUACGCCACAACAAAACUAUGCCGGUCUUCGUCCGCAGGCCUCGCCAUCCCAACGGCCAAGCAACAUCCCCGCAUAUUCGCCGGGGCAAUAUCAGCCAAGGGCUACACCAAAUGGCUACGCUCCUUACAGCGGACAAUCGGUCCCUUCCCCGGGACCGGGUUAUCAACAGAAUCCUGCAUAUGCUGCAGGAAGAAGUGCUUCUCCACAAAAGCCUCAAGCGUAUGCCACACCACAGAGCGCCGCGCGUACAGCGUACCUGAACCCGGCAUCAGGGAACGCUCAGCGGUAUUAUCCUCAGCAAACGGGGCAUUCACCUGCCGCGUACGCGAAUUACCCACCAUCGGCAACACAAGCUCCGGGACAAUAUGCCAUGUCUCCUAAUGUUGCAGCAGCUCAUUAUCGGAAUGCGGCCGCAGAACAGGCUAUGGCCCUAGCACGACAGAAGGCACAGAUGGAAGCCUCCCGUCAAGUAUCAGGAACUCCUAAUCCUCCACAAAGCAUUGCGCAAGCCUCCUCUCAAGGACGAAGUGAAAGUCCGGCUACAAAGCAGAGUGCUACUCCUACACCAGCCACUUCAUGA